GCGCCCCGACUUUUCCGCCUUCCUUGCACCACCCCGUCAUAUCUCGGCAACAAUUUCUCGGCGCCAACCGGCCGAUCCAUCCUCGUCGUAAGUCUGCGCUUUCAUCCCUUAUUGUUCCAGGAACAAACAAAAUCUACAGGUUUCCAAGACACCAGGACGGAGACAUCGAGGAGGCGGCGGAGACGCCGCCGCGUCCUUCCGCUUCUGAGCCGUAUAACAACAAACCCCUCGGCCCCGUCCCCUCUGUCCAUCGAUCACCUUGACCACGUGCCUGUGCCGCAGGCCGCAGCCAGGCAUCUCCGGCGAAUCUGGUUUGAGGCGCGGAGAGAGGAUAUUUGCAUGCGGGACUGAUCAAUCAAAGCAAUGGCAGUAGCGCCCAUGGACUGCGGUGCUGGUUCGAUUAGUCUAGGCCACAAGGUUUUAUGCCGUUUCGGAGUACCCAACAGCAGUAGAUUGCGAUGGGUGGGAUAUGACAGGAAACAAAGGACAGAUCAGUUGAUUGCUAGAGCCGUAUCCGUGGAUCGGACACAACUAGACUUCUCGAAUCCGGACUGGAAGACGCAGUUUCAAGAGGAUUUCGAUAAGCGCUUCAGCUUGCCACACUUGACAGAUGUAAUUGAUGUGGAACCGAGGCCAACUACUUUUUCUCUCAAGAGCAGAGCCCCUCUUGAGAACGCGAAUGGUACCAUGCAAGGAUCAUGGAACGGCUAUGUCAAUGAUGAUGACAGAGCACUUUUGAAGGUUAUUAAGUUUGCCUCACCAACUUCUGCUGGAGCUGACUGCAUUGACCCUGAUUGUAGCUGGGUUGAACAAUGGGUGCACCGUGCUGGUCCACGCAAACAAAUAUAUUUUGAGCCUCAAUAUGUGAAGGCUGGGAUUGUGUCGUGUGGUGGGCUCUGCCCAGGUCUCAAUGAUGUCAUUCGGCAGAUUGUGCUUACACUUGAAAAAUAUGGGGUGAAAAACAUUGUUGGGAUACAGCAUGGAUUCCGUGGAUUUUUUGAGGAUCACUUAUCAGAAGUGCCACUUUCUAGGCAUGUAGUCCAAAAUAUCAAUCUUGCUGGUGGUAGCUUCUUAGGAGUCUCUCGCGGUGGUGCAAACAUUUCAGACAUUGUUGACAGUAUUCAGGCUAGGAGGCUUGAUAUGCUAUUUGUGCUUGGUGGAAAUGGAACACAUGCUGGAGCUAAUGCUAUACAUGAUGAGUGCCGCAAGAGAAAACUGCAAGUAUCGAUUGUAUGUGUCCCCAAAACUAUUGACAAUGACAUAUUACUGAUGGACAAGACCUUUGGAUUUGAUACUGCAGUGGAAGCUGCACAAAGAGCUAUCAACUCUGCAUACAUUGAGGCACAUUCUGCAUUUCAUGGCAUUGGACUGGUCAAGCUGAUGGGAAGAAGCAGCGGCUUCAUCACAAUGCAUGCCUCCCUGUCAAGUGGCCAAGUAGAUAUCUGUCUGAUACCUGAGGUACCAUUCACUGUUGAUGGACCGAAUGGAGUUCUUCGACAUCUCGAACACCUGAUAGAGACCAAGGGAUUUGCUCUGGUUUGCGUUGCUGAAGGAGCAGGACAGGAAUACUUUCAAAAGUCAAAUGCAACUGAUGCAUCAGGGAACAUGGUUCUUAGUGACAUUGGUGUGCACCUUCAGCAGAAGAUCAAGUCCCAUUUUAAGGACAUAGGAGUCCAUUCUGAUGUCAAGUAUAUUGAUCCAACAUACAUGCUCCGCGCUGUGCGAGCCAAUGCAUCCGAUGCCAUCCUGUGCACCGUGCUUGGUCAGAAUGCUGUUCAUGGUGCCUUUGCGGGUUUUAGCGGCAUCACAACCGGGGUGUGCAACACACACAAUGUGUACUUGCCGAUACCGGAAGUGAUCAAAUCCACGAGGUUUAUUGAUCCAAACAGUCGGAUGUGGCACCGGUGCCUGACCUCAACCGGGCAACCAGACUUCCAUUGAUCAAUUAUUAAGGAAGCUUGUAGUAGCAUCCGAGUGUAAAGGAAGGUUGUGUAUAGUAUAGCGAAAGGGACCUAAUUGCUUUGUCAGGCCUUGUCUAGCAGCAUAUGGUUCUGCAAAACAUUGUUUUGCAUUGUAGAUAGGCUAAGUUUGAAAUAAGAGGUGAGAUAGGCAGGAUAGCCUUAGUAUGGCAAAAUGAUCAUCUUGAAGGAUUCAUGAGUGAAUGAUAGCUAAUAAAAUAUUUACGCUUGAUCAA